AUGCAUCGACCGUCAAAAACUCGAAGUCAUGGUGAUCCAGUACAAGUGCCUGGAAGCUUAACGGAACAGCUUAAUCAAGAUCGAAGCGUUACGAGUAAAAAAAAUCGACUAAAACAAAAACGAAAACAUGACGACGAUGAAGAAGAUGAGCAAAUCAUUGAUGAUCGUCUAUCAAGAAAAAUUAUUCAACAAGCUCGUGAACAACAAAGUGAAAUCGAUCAUGAUGAACUCUUAGCUAUUAGUAAAGAAGAAACAGAUUUUGAAUCAAUAGAUAAAAUAAAUAAAUUGAAAAAAACUAAAGUUGAAGAAAGUGACGAAGAGUUAAAUGAUGAAGAAGACCAAUAUGAUGAUGAAGAAGUUUCGAUCAAUGAAGAAGAUGAAAAAGCACUUGAAGCAUUUAUGAGUGGGCAACCACGACGUAUGCUUGGCGAUAUUAUUGCCGAAAAACAAGCAAAAACUGAAUCAUCUCCUGAUAAUGAUCUUGAUCCACGUAUUUCCAGCAUGUAUGAACAAGUCGGUCAAAUUCUUUCUCAUUAUCGAAGUGGCAAAAUACCAAAAGCAUUUAAAAUCCUUCCAAAUCUAUCCAAUUGGGAGCAGGUUCUUCUCAUAACACAACCGGAUCGUUGGACUGCAGCAUCAAUGUAUCAAGCAACACGAAUAUUUGCUUCAAAUAUGGAUGCUAAAAUGGCUCAAAGAUUUUAUAACAUUCUUUUACUUCCACGUAUUCGUGAUGAUAUAGAUGAAUACAAAAAACUUAAUUUUCAUCUUUAUAUGGCAUUAAGAAAAGCUUUAUUUAAACCAAGUGCCUUCUUCAAAGGAAUUAUUCUACCAUUAUGUGAGUCAGGUACGUGUACACUUCGUGAGGCUGUUAUUGUUGCAAGCGUUCUUGCAAAAAAUUCCGUUCCAAUGUUACAUUCAGCAGCAGCUUUAUUAAAAAUAGCUGAAAUGAAUUAUUCUGGUGCUAAUUCAAUAUUUAUCCGAACACUUAUCGAAAAACGUUAUGCAUUACCAUUUCGUGUUGUUGAUGCGCUCGUUCAUCAUUUCAUUAGAUUUCGUUCUGAUACACGUGAAUUACCAGUACUUUGGUAUCAAUCUUUACUCUCUUUUGUUCAAAAUUAUCGACAAGAUAUCUCAACAGAACAAAAACAAUCUUUACUUGAAUUGUUACAUCAUCAUUUUCAUCAUACAAUUGGACCUGAAGUUCGCAAAUUACUUGCCGAAUAUAAAUGUCGCGAUGAAGAAGAUGAACAAUAUGCAGUAAUGGAUGAAGCUGAUUAA